ACCCCAAUAUAUUCCUAUUAUAAAUACCCCAUUACAUGGUGUUGGGCGUCGUUCUCAUGAGAAAGAGUUUAUUAAUUGACAAGAUUAGCCUUCAAAUUAUCUAUUGACAUUUUCAUUUCAGGUCAUUAUCAUAAUUAUUAUAUUCUGUGUUUGAUCUCGUAUAAUUAUGUCCUCUAUUCUCUCAACGUACAGGGUAAAUAUGAUAAUUGUUAUUAUUGUUAUAUUGAGAUGAGUAGCUCUAGUUCUAGUGACUCUGAACAAUCACCUAGUGAAUUCGAGGUUUCAUUAUUACGUUUACCUAUUGAUUUAAAAGUAAAAUCUCUGGAUAAAUCAGAAUUAUUAGAGCUAGGCAAACAGUUAGGUAUUCACAUCCCUCAAUCUGUUAAUAUUGAAUACUUGAGAUUCGCUGUUGACUUGGCAAAAAAAGUUUGUAUUUAUGUGGACCACGAUUCAGGAGCUAGAGAUGCUCUAAGUCGAUUACUUAAGUUAGGGUCCCUGUCUCAACGCGAUCGUAUUAUCUUCCCUAUGUUAGCCGAUUACGAGCGAAUAGUAGGCAAGCUAGGCAGAAAUCAAGAACACAUCUACGACACAGUAGCUCCCGAUAACUUAGCAAAUAUCCUAAUUCCAGAAAAUAAUAUGGCAGGGAAUGAUAAAAGACCCUUUGCGAAACCCGAAAGCUAUGGGGGUACAAAGAGUGAAGACUUCAACGAGUGGUUGAAAACCUUCAAUAGGGCAGCAAAAAUAAAUAAGUGGGAUGAGGAUGAUAAAAUCUUGUAUUUACCCCUCUACCUCAAGAAAACAGCAUUGGCAAUUUUCGACAUAUUUUCGGAUAAAAAUGAAAACGCGACAUUUCUUGAUGCAGUAGGCCACUUAAAAAGUAAACUUGUAGACCCUGUUCAUGAAGAGACAACCAGACAAAAACUCGAAAACAGAAACAAAUUACCAACAGAAACAUACACAGAAUACACAGCAGAUAUAAUAAAACUUUGUCACAUUCUUGAGCCUCAAAUGUCAGAGAAAAGAAUAGUAGGAUAUGUUUUGAGAGGCUUAGACGUAGGAGCAUUGCAACAUGUUGCUUUCAUGGACAAUGCAUCAGUUGAAGAUUUAGAGAAAAAUCUCGCCAAAUAUGAAAGAUCUCGCUUCCUUCUAGACAAAAAGUUAGGAAUGCAUAAUGCUUCAAUCCUGUCAGAUGACGAAGAAGACGAUUGCCAGUUCAAGCAGAAAGGCCUCUGCUUGAUUCCGAGGAAAAAGAUGUCGAACUCCGCCACCCAAGCCACUUGUCUCCACCUUCUAACAUCAGAAGCAGACGUAUCGGAGCUACGAGAAGUCUGCAAAUUUGAUUGUAAAGCAACUGACAAUCAAACCCUAAUCACUCGCCUACGAGAAGACACCUUCCUAUUCCACAACACCGGCAAAAAGACGACAAUUCGCUGUAAAAACUCAACAACUGAGGUCCCAAGCAACAGUCCAGGAACCCUAUCACUCCACAUCCCUUGCAACUGCGAACUUCAAGACGACAACGGCGACGUACUGAUAAGCACUCUUUAUCCUUGCGACUCCCGUUCCCAUCCUUCUCCAGCUAUUAAUAACUUAAUUCCUCACAUGUGGACAAAUUUAUCUAAAUUGAGCAUCCCAAUUUUUAAACAUGAGACUCUGCCUCAGUACUUAAACCUUUCGGAAAUUUUAAAUGAAAAUUGGCACUUGAAUUUUUCAAAAUUUGAAGAGCACAACUCAUUCUCAGAAGACAUUUUCCAUCAUGUUGAAAUGCCAAAUAACUUUGAUUUGUUAGGGGUGAACAAUAAACUGAUCAUUUAUAUUAUUAUUGUCUGGCAAACACUGAUAACUGUUAUAUUCUUGUAUUUAUGUCUUCAAAAUUAUAUUAAGAAGAAAGCAAAUCAACUGAGAGUCCCGAAACGUACUCCAAUUGUGGACUACCCACAGGAGCUUUAAGAAUAUAUUGUGUUUUAGUAAAGUAGUAUGUAAUGAAAUCAUUAAAAUAAUGGGUUAGGAUAUAGGAAACUAUGCAAAUAAUAAUUACUUAUUCACUAUUAUUGUAUCCAUUUACUCUUUUAUGCUAUCGAUUCAAAUAUUUUCCCAGAUUAGAAGAUAAACUAUUUCAAUUAUUAUUAUUAUUCUUAUUUUCAAGGUCCACAAUAUUAUUUUGCUUACUCGAAUACU